ACCUAUCGAUAGUCGAAGGCAUUGUCAAAUCUCAGCUCUACAAGUUAAUGAUUUGCUGUUCACCUCGUACUUAGUACUUGAGCGUGGAGUUUGGAUUCUGCCCUCCACACCGAUUAACAUAAUUUGAGUAGCUUCGGGUAGCUGAGCCUUUCAUUCUGGCCUGUGAGCGAGUAUUCAGUCAACUUUUACCUGCUGUCACCUUCUUGCUCCUAAUAGAGUACAAAAUGUUAACUCUCUUUGUGCUUUUGCUCUGCAUAACAUCUUCAUUUUCUGCUUCUACUAGAGGUGCUGGUGCUGCUGGACCCAGGCUGAACAAUGAUCGGUUGUACAAAUUCAGCUACACCACUGAGGUGCUGGUGGACAGGGCAAAGGGGUCAAAAGAUGGCAAUGCCGGCUAUAGGAUAUCCAGUGACGUGGAUGUCAACUUAGUGUGGAGAGACCCCAGCAGCAAGGACGACCAGCUCAUACAACUUGUGAUCUCAAACGUGAAGAUAGCAAAUGUGGCCCCACGCUCAGCCAAGAAGAACAUAUUCCAGGGCGCCACAACGCAAAGCCUUCUCGGAGAGAAGAAGCUGGCAGCACUGGAAAGGCCGUUCAUGGUGCACCUGAAAAACGGAAAGGUGAGCAGCUUUUACAGCUAUAAGGCGGAGCCUGCUUCCAUUAAGAACUUGAAGAGGGGUGUGGCCAGCCUGCUACAGGUGCAAUCCAGAUCUGGGAAGGUCAUAGAGAAUGAUGUGUCCGGGAGGUGUACGGUAGAGUACAAGGCUGCCCAGGGCCAGGUGACAAGGACCAAGGCUUUGGAGACCUGCAAGACCGCAGAGACCGGCUUCACCACCUACAUUCAGGUCCUGGGCGUGAGUGGGGAGUCCAGCUCUGUCACUGUUUUCACCCUGGAGGAUGGCUUCAUUAAGUCAGCCAUAGCCAAGGAGACUCACAUCUUAGCAGUCAAUGCACGCCGCACCACCGCAGCUAAAAUAGUGUCCAGGCAAAGCUUGACACUGGUAACAAUUGAGACUGGGCCGUUUGAAGCUGCUGGGAAGAAUGUCGCCAGUGUUGUCAAAUCACUGGAUGAGAAAUUGUUUGCUGUUGGUGUGGCAGCUGAGAAGGUCAAAUCCCAAUGCAAGGGCUGUCAAUCGCUGUUUGAGCACUGGCAGGCAGUCCAGAAGCAGUUUGAACCAGAUAGCUUGUCAAAGGCCAUCGCUCCCCGAAGCUUCCUGGCUCUCAUCCAGAGCAUAAGGAAAGCCUCCAAGGACGAGAUCCUCCAAGUGCUGAAGAGCUCCAGCAAGACUGCCCUACCUCAGGUGGUGGACGCCGUGACCUCGUCCCAGACGCCCGCAUCCCUGGACGCCAUGCUGCAGUUCCUCAACUUUGCCGACCCCAAAGGCCUGGUUUUGCAGGAGAGGUUCCUGUACGCCUGCGGCUUCGCCUCGCACCCCAACGAGAGAAUGCUCCAGGCUUUGGUGGACAUUUCAAAGGGCAAGAUUGGCAGUAACGACAUCAAAGAAUCGGUGGUGAUCAUCAUGGGUGCCCUUGUGCACAAGCUCUGUCAGAAAGGAGGUUGUGAGCUACCAACUGUGGUUGAGGUGAAGAAGAUGAUUCUGGAAGGUCCCGACAGUACACAGGCAGAGUCAGACGUUCAGAUGUACCUGCUAGCGCUGAAGAACUCCCUGUUGCCCGAGGCCAUUCCCCUGUUUUCCAAAUACGCUGAGUCGGAGGUCGGGGCCUACUGCACCAUCUCCCUCACAGCCCUGCAGAGAUACGACGUCGCUCUCAUCACAGACGAGGUGAAGCAGACAGUGAACCGAGUUUACCACCAGAACCGCCGGGUCUACGAGAAGAAUGUGAGGGCAGCAGCCGCGGACGUGGUCCUCAGCAGCAACCCCUCAUACAUGGAGGUGAAGAACGUGCUCCUGUCCAUCGGAAACCUGCCCAAAGAGUUGAACAAGUACAUGCUUUCCAAGGUCAAGGACAUCCUCCACUUUGAAAUGCCUGCCAGCAAAAUUCUACGGCAAGCCAUGAAGGACAUGAUCUCCCAUAACUAUGACCGCUUCUCCAAGGUUGGGUCAUCCUCUGCUUUCUCUGGCUUCAUGGCACGUACCGCUGAUGCCACUACCACCUACAGUCUGGACAUUCUGUACUCUGGCUCGGGGGUCCUCAGGAGGAGCAACAUGAACAUCUACGGAGCCAGUAACGGCGCCCUGCUACAUGGCCUCCAGGUGGCGAUUGAGGCCCAAGGCAUGGAGUCCCUGAUCGCGGCCAAGCCGGACGAAGGCGAGGAGGACCUGGAGUCCUUUGCUGGGAUGUCGGCCCUGCUCUUCGACGUCCAGCUGCGGCCUGUGACCUUCUUCAAGGGCUACAGUGACCUCAUGUCCAAGAUGUUCUCCAUGUCCGGCGAGCCCAUGAACGUGGUGAAGGGCCUGAUUUUGCUCACUGACCACUCCCAGGUCAUCCAGCUUCAGUCAGGGUUGAAGGCCAAUGCCGAGUUCCAGGGUGGUUUGGCCAUCGACAUCUCAGGAGGCAUGGAGGUCAGCCUGUGGUACAGGGAGUCCAAGACCAGCGUCAACAACAGGGGAGCCAUGGUGGUGACUGGGAAUGUGACCGUGGACAUGGACUUUGUGCGCACUGGGAUGGAGGUGAGCUUUGAGACAGAGGCGUCUCUAGACUUUAUCACCACGGUCCAGUUCUCAGAGUACCCUUUCCUGGUGUGCAUGCAGAUGGACAAGACCACCUUCCCCUUCAGUGAGUCCCUAACAAAAUAUGAGAGCCUGCCAUCGGGUAAGAGCUAUGUGUCGCGCAGGGGCAACAAGCAGCUGUUGCCUGGCUCGGAGUUCCCUCUCCACCAGGAGAACUCCAACAUGUGCAAGAGAGUGUUUGACUCAGACUGGUAGUCUUCUCCGGGUCAAUCCAUCUGUAAGAAGAUGGAAGAUCUUUUGCAGAGUGUAGAGAGUUAUGGGCCAACAACCCUAUUUCGUCAUUUCGUCAGUGUAAACAGCGUGUUGUAUGAGGCGGAUAAAUGGAUGCUAGCUAGCUAUGACCAUCGUAAAAUGGCAAAAGUGAACUGUCGUGUGCCUUUUUUGUUGAUCUGAUUGGAAAAUGCGUACAUUGUGUCAUCAGAGUUCAGUUUACUGCAAAAUCGCUAACUAGCGGCUAACUUGCUAGCUGUUUACUACUAUUUAUCUCCCUUUCGAUCCCACAACACAAUGCGUUAUUUACAGUGUGACAAUAGUGUAAUAGGGUUAUUCUUCGAAUGAGUCCUACUUGACAUUCUGGCUGGAGAGUUAUUUAUUGUUUUGUUUUUUUAAAGCUAUCCAGGAACACCUACUGUAUCACACCACAGGCAAAAAACAUUCAUGUUUACAUUCUUAAUUCAACGUUUUAUUUCAAAU